AUGUCUGUUCCAUACACAGGCAGCGGUGGCGUCGACCACAUCACAACAACAUCCAACCAAGCACAGACAGGCUCAGCAUUCAAGGAGCUCCCAAGCUCGCACCCAUCCUCUCCAGAUGCUGACCAUAUCGAAAAGACACGGUCCAAUGCAGCAUCAGCAAACUCCAACGAGCCUCCUGCCGAGGAUCUUCGUCGAGCACUUCAAACUCGUCACAUGGUCAUGAUCGCUAUCGGUGGUAUCAUUGGUCCAGGUUUACUCGUUGGUUCUGGUACAGCUCUUGCAAAUGCUGGCCCAGCUGGUGCUCUCAUUGCAUUCGCCAUCACAGGAGGUAUCGUGUACUUUGUGCUCCAAGCUCUCGGUGAGAUGGCAACCCUUUUUGCCAUUCGUGGAUCAUUUAUCGAGUAUGCCGGAAGAUGGGUGGACCCAGCACUAGGAUUUGUUGCUGGAUGGAUCUAUUGGGAGCUCUGGAUCUCAGUACUGUCCAAUGAAUACAACGCCGUUGCAAUCGUCAUUCGUUACUGGGAUGGCGCACAGGUGGUUCCAACCGGUGCAUGGAUCGCAAUCUUUUGGGUUCUCUUCAUGGGACUCAGUUGUCUUGGGGUUUUAGCAUACGGCGAAGUCGAAUUCGCGCUUGCAACCAUCAAAGUUAUCGGUAUUGUCGUAUUCUUCAUUCUUAGUAUUGUCAUUAACGUCGGCGGCGCGGGCGGUGAUCAAGGAUACAUCGGUUUCCGCUAUUUCAGAGACCCUGGGCCCUUCAAGAACACUGGAUUACCGGCUCUCAAUGGCAUCGCUAAGAUUCUUGUCGUGGCUAGCACGCUCUACUCAGGUACGGAAGCGAUUGCUCUCACAGCAGCUGAAGCUAGAAAUCCAGCAAGAGCUGUUCCGGUUGCCAUCAGGUCGGUUUUUUACCGAAUCAUCUUCCUGUACUUGGGAACGAUCUUUUUCAUUGGCCUCAACGUCCCGUCGAAUGACACAUCGCUUGUCAGUGCCGAGAGCAAGGCGGCAGCUUCGCCUCUCACCAUUGCGCUAAGAAGAGGAGGCAUCGGUGCAGCUGCCAGUGUUAUCAAUGCCUUGAUCAUCCUCUCGGUGAUCUCAGCCGGCAACUCUUCGCUCUACAUCGCAUCUCGAACACUCCAAUCCCUUGGUGCCACUGGCCGAGCUCCGAAGAUCUUUGGAUGGACAACCAGAAAGGGCAAGGUACCUAUCCCAGCUUUGGUCCUGUCGAACUUGGUCGCCCUCAUCUCUUUGCUUUCGAUCAAUUCCGGCGCUUCCACCGUUUUCACCUACAUCAUCAAUAUCUCCGGUGUCAGCACAUUUAUCAUCUUUGCCAUCAUUUGCUUGUGUCACAUUCGAUUCAGACAGGCUUGGUUGCAUCACGGUAACUCGCUCAACGAUCUUCCCUUCAGGGCUUGGCUCGCUCCGUACGGAACAUGGGGAGCUUUCAUCCUCAACGUCGUACUAGCUUUCUUCCAGGGUUACACGACUUUCCUGAAUCCAAGAAAAGCUGCAGACAUUAUUGUUGCUUACAUUGUCAUUCCUGUUGCAGUGGCAUUGUACUUCGGAUGGAAGCUUUAUCAUAGGACAAAGAUCGUCAGUCUCGAUGACAUCGAUCUCGAUACAGGACGUCGUCUCAUUGAAGACUUUGAAGAGCCCACGGCAGCUGAUGAUGAUCUACUUGUGGAGAAGAAGCCAUGGUACAAGAGACCUGCUAAGGUCAUCAGUCGAGUCCUGGCGUAG